CCUGAUUUUUACGCCGGAAUUUGUCCAGCUAUAGCAACAGUAAUGUCUUGUUGCUCUGAGCCUGGGGUUCUGCGAGGUUUUGCUCUCGAACAGAGGUUCUGCCGACUGCCACAACUAAUUCAGCCAAACCGGUUGGUAGAACUCGGCUCGGAUAUUCUGCCGCUUGGGUGCACCCAUUCCCUGCUGUGGCGACCCGCAUCACAUACAUUUGAAUUUAUCUGAAUGUUCGUCCGAGAAACACGCAUUUUAGAUACGACUCGCCAUUUCCCCCUCACAAACUCUUGGCUUAUUCGACCGUGAUGCGUCGUCUUGCCGUGUUUGCGGCUCUGCUCGCCGUGACCGCCGCCAGCGGUCGUAUGAUGACCAUGCAAGAGGUGAACGAACGCCGACUCGAGGCAGCAAAACGUUGGCAGACUAGUGGCUCUCAGAACGUAAAAAGCGGUGGUGUUCAGAAUAUCACAUUCACCAACCCCAAGGCCUCAGAAUUUUACGUCGAUGGCAAAUCGCUUCCUCUUGUUGACUUCGACGUUGGUCCUAGCUGGGCGGGUCUUCUGCCCAUCAGCAACAGUCCUAAUGAGACGCAUCAGCUCUUUUUUUGGUUUUUCCCUCCCGGCCCCCAAGGGAGUCUUGAUGAUUUGAUUUUUUGGACGAAUGGUGGACCUGGAUGCUCCUCCCUCGCAGGUUUGCUGCAAGAAAAUGGGCCUUUCAGUUGGUCCUGGGGUCAGACAAAACCAACGGUGAACCAACACAGCUGGACCAACCUGUCCUCCGUGCUUUGGGUGGAGCAACCUGUCGGUACGGGAUUUUCCCAAGGCAUCCCGGACGCACAGAACGAGGACGAUGUCGCUAUUCAACUCGUCGGCUUUAUGCAGCAGAUCCUUGAGGUCUUUUCGGAACUCAAAGGUAAAAAGCUGUAUUUAUCGGGUGAAAGUUAUGCUGGAAGAUACGUGCCUUAUAUCGCAAACUAUAUCUACGAGAACCCGAGUCGGCUAGACCUCUCGUUGCAAGGGAUAUGGAUCAAUGAUCCCUUCAUCUCGUGGUAUGUGGUGCAACAGGAAAUCCCUGCAUUGGACUUCGUGAAAAAGCACGCUAGUCUCUUCUCUUUUAAUCAAACGUACAUGGAAUACCUCGAAGAGAUGGCCGCGACGUGCAAUUACACUGGCUACAUGGAUAAGUACGUGACAUACCCUCCAAAAGGUCUUCUUCCGCUGCCAGGAGACUCUACCUAUUUUGCUCAAGGCUGCGAUAUCUGGAGCGACAUUUACAAUAAUGCGCAAAUUAUCAACCCCUCUUUUAAUGUCUAUCGCAUCUGGGACACUUAUCCGACUCCAUGGGAUGUCCUAGGGUUUCUAGACACGCAGUCUCCGAUCUACUUCAACCUAACAGACGUAAAGGAAGUUAUCCACGCGCCCGUGGAUACCGAGUGGAUUGAAUGCGCUUUGGCCCAUGUCUUCCUCAAGGAAGACAGCAGCUUACCCUCUGCACUCACUGUAUUGCCCAAUGUUAUCGAGAAGAGCCAGCGAACCGUCAUCGUGCACGGACUCGCGGACUUUAUGUACAUUGCUGAUGGAAUUGCCAUUCAAAACAUGACCUGGAAUGGUUUGCAAGGAUUCCAGACGCCUAUCGCCGAUGACAGCUUCAUUGUUGAUGGUGUGGGUGCCUACGGUUCGAUGCACUCAGAGCGGGGACUCACUUAUUACGAAGUAGUCUUGAGUGGACACAUGCUUCCAGGGUUUGCGCCAGUAGCCUCCUUCCAGAUUAUGCAGUACCUGAUGGGGUUUAGAGACACUCCUUAGAUGAAUACUUCCCAUUUCACAUAGUAUCGCAGACAAAGUUGAAUUGGACGAGUGCCAUGCCACCGGUAACCUGAAUCACAGUCAAUG